UGAUAUGGCAGCUUUGAGAGCGACCAGGUGGAACUUGUUUUGUUCACACGGUUAGAUGAGAGAUUAUGAAGAGACGCUGAGGACACACGGCAGCUGGGAGAAAUGAUUUACUUAAUUUUGAUCUCGGCUUUCUCCGGAGCAGUCCUAACGCUGCUCCUACAGUUCUUACUGAUCUACCGGAGGAGCCCUGAGCCCGUAGGCAGGACAGUGCAGUAUGUCAAAGUAGUGCCUGAUAACGCAUUGAAGGAUUACUUUAAUACCCAACAUGCCGAACCAGGCCAGCAGCAGCAGGACAGCUCAGCAUCUGCUGCAUGGAAGCAGACCGAGGCCGCCUCGACACGGCAGCAGGAAGCGGCUGUCAGCGGCGGCAGCCCCAAACAACAGCCGCCGCCACCGCCUUCUCACGGCGAGCUCGUACCUGAAACGUGUAAUUUCCUAAACGCGAUCUUUCUCUUCCUAUUCAGGGAGCUCCGUGACACCCCGGUGGUCAGACACUGGCUCACCAAGAAGAUCAAGGUGGAGUUUGAGGAGCUGCUGCAGACCAAGACGGCAGGUCGGCUCCUGGAGGGACUCAGCCUCAGAGACAUCUCCCUCGGUAAUUCUCUGCCGGUCUUUAAAACCGUCAAACUCAUGAAGCCAGUCCACCUGAACGAGGACGGCAUGCCCGAGGAGCUCAACUUUGAGGUGGACCUCGAGUACAAUGGCGGCUUCCACCUCGCCAUCGACGUCGACCUGGUGUUUGGGAAGUCAGCCUACCUGUUCGUGAAGAUGAGGAGGGUAGUAGGGAGGCUACGGCUGCAGUUCACGCGCAUGCCCUUCUCCCACUGGUCCUUCUCCUUCCUCGAGGACCCGCUGGUGGAUUUUGAGGCCAAGUCCCAGUUUGAGGGAAGGCCCCUGCCUCAGCUCACCUCCAUCAUUGUGAACCAGUUAAAGAGGGUCAUCAAGAAGAAGCACACUUUACCCAACUACAAGAUCAGAUAUAAGCCGUUCUUCCCGUUCCAAGUGCAGCCUCCGCUCAGUCCAGCCUGUGAUCUGGACCUGUCGGUGCAGGACAGCCGGCUGGUGGAGGGCCGACUCAAAGUUACCCUCAUUGAAUGUAGCAGACUGUUCAUCCUGGGCUCCUACGACAGAGAAACCUACGUCCACUGCACCCUGGAGCUGAGCAGCAACCAGUGGAAGGAAAAGACCAGAAGCUCCAUCAAACAGACGGAGGUAAUCAAAGGACCAUGUGGCAGUGUGGGGAUGACCUUCAGGCAUGUCCCGGCCACAGAGGGGGACGCCGUUCAUGUCAGCAUCGAGACGGUCACGCCCAACUCCCCUGCAGCCUUGGCAGACCUGCAGAGGGGUGAUCGGCUCAUCGCCAUUGGAGGAGUCAAGGUGACAUCCUCAGUUCAAGUGCCAAAGCUUUUGAAACAAGCUGGAGACAGGGUAGUGGUACUUUACGAGAGGCCGGUUCGUCAUCAGACUCCCUCUUUCGGAAGCCUUGGAACGCUACAGGAAGGGUUCGGGCAGCUAGAGGAAACAGGAUUUAUUUCCCAGCCAGGGGGUUACGAGGAAGAUCCCGCCCCCAUCACCACCCUCUCUGACAUAUCAGACAGCAAAGACAUAGACUCUGAGUUUGAAGAGCUGAUUGUGGACUCCAAACCUAGCCAGACUGGUGGCACCGUUAGCAGUGUCUCAAACACAAGUGACGUCAAAGAGGACUCCUUACUGUCAGUAAACCAAAGCCCCAAAAGGACUGUGGCCAACUUGGCCUCUAAGCCCCUUGGAACCAUAUCACCCAUCCUCAACCGCAAGUUAAACCUGGUGGGUCUCCAGUCACCACUAAAACCCCAACCCAAAGAUUCACCAAAGCCCUCACCACAUAAGACUAGUAGUGAUCUAGGCGAGGGUCUGCAACGCCCAAAUGUCCCUCCUCCGCCUCCUCCUUCUCGCCCCCCAGUGCCACCAAGACCUCAGAUAAGGUUGACGUCAGCCUCAUCAGAGACCAGUCUUUUAGAGAGCGUUGAUUCUGUUGCACUGAACAAUGCUGCAGCCACUUCAAACCUUCCCGCCACCACCCCUGCUUCUGAAAAAUCUCCUGAGAAAACUGCUGCGACUGGAGUAAUGGAGGACAAGGCAGGCACUGAGAAAACCAGUGUGAAGCAGCCUGAAGUGAAGCAGUCUACCAGGCCAGCAGAGUCCAGUGAUGAUUUAUCAGUUUCUUCCACUGUGACCACCAGCAGCAAGGCUGAUCAAGCAAGGGACAAAGCUUCAGAAAGCUCUUGCAGCACAAGGGACAGUUUGGAGGACCAUUCCCUAUGGGAGUCCCCAGAAACCUUGUUUCGAAACCAGACGUCCCGCUGGAACAAGGCCUCUGUUGUGUUUGAAGUGGAGAGCAACCAUAAGUACCUUAAUGUGGCCCUGUGGUGCAAAGAUCCCUUUAAGCUAGGCAGUUUGUUGUGCCUGGGUCAUGUCAGCCUUCAGCUGGAGCAUCUAGCCCUAGAAUGUAUGGCUACAUCUUCAGCAGAGUACCAGAGCACCUUUAGGUUGGGGCCGCCAGAGCCCAGAGCUAAUGUCAGUCGCACUGCACUACGUAGUCUCAGCACCCACAAGGGCUUCAACGAGAAGCUGUGCUAUGGAGACGUCACUCUGAACUUCUGUUACCUGGCAGAGGGAGAGUUUGAGUAUCCUGUGGGUAUGGCUGAACGGGAGCGAGAGGGAAGUCUCCAAGAUGAGGAUCUAAGGGAGAGGGAAAGGGAGCAUAUCUCCUCAGCCCCACGUGACGACUUGGCCUACGGGGCCAUGCAGCUUGUCGAGGUUCGUCACAACUUCCAGGACACCCAGUUCCAAAAUCCCACCUGGUGUGAAUACUGCAAGAAGAAGGUGUGGACCAAGGCGGCCUCUCAGUGUAUGAUCUGCGCCUACGUCUGCCACAAGAAGUGCCAGGACAAGUGCCUUGCUGAGAAUCCUUUCUGUGUGGCAGCGACCGAACGCCGUGGAGCUGACCCUGAAGCAAAAUCAACCAUAAACCGGGCUACUACUGGUCUAACACGCCACAUCAUCAAUACCAGCUCUCGUCUGCUCAAUCUUCGCCAAGUGCCCAAGACUCGGCUGGUGGAGCAGGUGGCUGAUGUGGUGCCCGGAACGGUGGAGCCCUCCCCCAAGCAUACCCCUAACACUUCAGACAAUGAGAGCAGCGACACUGAGACCUACACUAGUGGCGCAAGCCCAUCGAAGCAGCCCGUUGGCUCUGGUGGCGGCAGUAAACUUGUACGCAAGGAAGGUGGACUGGAUGACAGCGUUUUCAUUGCUGUGAAGGAAAUAGGCCGCGACCUGUACCGGGGGCUUCCCACUGAUGAGCGUUCCCAGAAGUUGGAGUUGAUGCUGGACAAGCUGCAGCAAGAAAUCGACCAGGAGCUGGAGCACAAUAACGCCCUUCUGCUAGAGGAGAGAGAGGCUACAGAUGCCCGUCGCAAGGCUCUCAUUAGUACUGCACUGGCAAAGUCUGGGGAGAGACUCCAGGCCCUCACUCUGCUUAUGAUCCACUACCGGGCAGGCAUCGAGGACCUGGAGUCAGUGGAGAGCACGUCUCCUUCUGAGCAGCAGGGCUUUAAAAGCAAAGCCGAGGGCCCGGAGGAAGAGGCCCUGAUGGGGGCCGAGUUAUAUGACAGUGACAUAUGCAGCCCAGUGGAAGUACAGCUGCUGGAUGACAUAACUGAGGAGCAGAUCUGUGUCGAGGCACUCCACUGAAAAACUAGCAAAGAGGGAGAGGAGGGAUGAGCGCCCUGGCGUGGGCUCUGGGAAAAUAAGUUUGUAUUCUGAGAUUUCAGAAGUCUGUUUUAAAUAUCAAGGAUGUGGGGGUCCAGCGUUUGAAUCACUGUUGUUUUUUUAGGUGAAAAAAGGGAAAAUGAUUUUCCUUUCAAAGGAUUCUUGGUAAACCUUUUAUUGAUGUUUUGAUUUGCACAGUGUGAUGCUGUUUCCACGCUCUUGGUUUUAAAGGGAAGCUUGAGAGCUAGACUUUUAUCUGCCCUCAGUAGUGCUGCAUGUUUAUCCUCCACUUUUGUUUUCCUGUGGCUUCAAGAUUUCAUUGUAAGCAUUUGAUUCAGUUUGCUUUCUUGUCUUCUGUAUCUGCUUUGCCAUAAGGACUUUAGAUAACAAGCACAUUGCUGUGCUUUACCGUCUGGUUUACCUUUUGUGAAGAAAACGUAUGGUUCAGUAUGUUUGCUUUAACAAGCCCAUAUGAAGGUGAACUACUUAAGUUUUAACAGUGUGAAUACUACCAGGGAAAAGCAGGUUAAGACAUCCAGCUGAGUGUUAACAGUCAUGUGUCUAAGGACCCUGCAGUUGUCAUAAAUAUCCUUUAUUUUGAGCACCUUUUUGUACUGUAAUAAACUUGGAUUUUAGAAGUGAUUCUCUUUGCUUGCAAAGCUCUUUGGGAUGUCAGCAGCUGCGUAAAUAUUAGUGAAAACCUUUAUUAUUUGCUUCUCUUUUGUGGUAUAUUUGUUUUUUGUUUGGCCAAAUAUGAUUGACUAUACAAUCCAUAUUUUUAUUUCUUUCUCCCUCAAUUUUGCUUCAUGCAGAACAACCCAUAAAGUCAGUUUACUGCAUCAUGUGUGCAUUUGGAAAUGCACAUUGGCCUUUUUUUUUUUUUUUUUUUUGUCUGAUCUUUUUGAAUGUUCCACAUGAGCCCCAAUGAGUUUCAAACUUUAAUUUUAUUAUUUUAACAUCUCUAUGUGUAUGUAUGAUGAUUUUAAUGCUUCCAAAGUUAUCAUGUGCAGAUCAUUUGGCUUCAUGAAUUGUUUUCAGACCCCGAUGAAUGUAUGUUCAGCCCUUGCUGUGUUUUGUGCAUAUGCAGCCGUUUGGCAAUGCCUUUCCCCUAAUUCCCAGCAAAACAUCAAGCAUCAAUGUAGCCUGCUACAGUAAGUCUAUCAUAAGCAGUUCGAGCCCCAAAUGCUUUUCUGGUCCUCUGUUUAACAACCACAGAGAGCCACUGGACAGUUAUUGUUUUACAUAGAGGGAAUAUCUUUCAUUUUGUGUAUUAAAAGGAAAAAUCUACCCUGAAAGAUUGAAAAUUACUUUUAAUAGUCAUCAUUAAGGACUAAUUGCUCUUUAAAAUACUAACAGUUAGCAGCCAGUCAGUCAUGAUGUAGGCUAAAUAGUGGCAUUGAGACAGCAUAUAGAGGGAAUUCAUGUACACACAAAACUAUCAGGAAUCCAGUUCAGAGGGAUGGAUUGAUGUAGUACAGUGAAAAGACAAGGAAAUGUAUAAAAUUUGCCUAGUGAUCACAACAUAUUGCAGGUUAGUCCGCAGCAAGAAGGGAAAAAGAGUAAUGCUUUCUGGGGUCCAGAGUGAUGGAGGAGUCCAUGACGGCUAGCAAACAUGAUCCAUUCUUAAUUUAAGCAAUGGUGAGCUUUUAUUUUAAAGUUUAAUACCCAUUAUUACUCAUAAAGAGACAAAAAUGCCCAUUUUCAUAAUUUCCCCUGCCUUAAAAUGAAGCUCUCCUCUUCUUAAAAUGGUAUGAGCCUUAACUUUUGUAACAUUAAUGUUGUAGGUGGGGUGUUUUGAUGCUAUGCUUGCACUUUUUUUAGUCCCAAAGCUGAUUAGUCCUGGAGGCUAAUGCUAACACUACAGAUCCAAUGGGAAAUUGCUUAUUUAAUAGAUGGCACCAACGAGGGGCCAUUUACUGGGCCGAACAGCGACUUCUAUGGACAGGCAUGCAGCAGAGUCCUGCAUGGGUUUAAUUUUACAAACCUGCAUCAGCCAGCACAGCUCAGUACCUUAAUAUGACCCUUUACUCUCAAUAAGACAAAUUUAGACCAAAUCCUGAAACACUGAACCUGACCUGAACUGUUUCAGCACCUUUAUCAUGAUAAUAUGUAACAUAAGGCUGUAUGAUCUCUGCAUGAGCCACUUUAUUGAAGAUGCUGCCAUGCCUGUGUUCUUACCAUCACCAUCCAAGAAUGGUAGCGCUCUCAUAGUUGCACAUAAAUGCUUCUCCAUCUCCAGAAGUCUUGUUAUCUGUUGAAAACUGGAUGUAUCCAUUGAAAUAAAUGUUUUCCUCUGUGAAGAAGAAUUAGGUUAUACCUAAUUAUUAAUGCUAGUAAACCUUACCAAGAUUUUCCCGUCCCGUUCAGCACUGUAGUCAAAUGAUAGAUUACAAGAAAGUUCCUACCAAGCACUCACAGAUAUACAUAGCACAUACAUGUUUCAUUAACCCUUUUGAGGAAAAAUGCUCCAUUACAGAGCUAAAGAAGUAAUAAAACUUGAAAUUUAUAAUAGGGGUGCUGUAAGUGAUUUAUGGUUGCAGUGUUGUUCACAUACUUUGUUAAACAGAGUAAUAUUCGAACAGUUGAUCAGAUGAAGUUUAGUCUUUUUUUUUCCCUCUCCUGCUGUGUGAAAUUGCACACAUGCUCUCUUUUCCACUCUGUUCGGAAGUUAUUUUGAACAAUUUUAAUACUUUACAUUUUCCUGUACUAUUUUGUAUUAUAGUUGCAUGGUUAACAAAAAACAUUAUACAUGAUAGUUCCUACCAAGCGCUUGCAGACGCACAGAGCAUGUACCUCUUCAUGUUUGAUUUUAUCCUUUGGGAGAAAGUGGAGUAAAACUUAGUAUUUAUUACAGGGGUGCUGGAAGUGAUUUAAAGUUACAGUGUUGUUCACACACUUUGGUAAACAGAGAAACAUUCAGACAGUUGAUCAAAAGAAGUUUAGUCUCUUUGUACCUCCAUCUCUUCUCUCUCACCCAGAAGUUGUUUUUGAUUUAUGAAAAACUAUGACCAGACUAUUUAUUUUAUCCAAUUUAUUUUCUUUUGCUGCUUGAUCAAUAUGGCAUCACUGUUACUGUGUGCUUAAUGAACACGAGGCUGUGUGCAGUAUGCUUGUUUCUGCAGAAACUGCUCUGUCUGAAAGAGUUGAUUAUUUUGAAUUUCAAAUCUACGAGACAACUAAAUGUGAGCACAACGAUGGCAAACUCCAUCCUGCUUUAGCUUUAAAGCACUUCAUUUGAUUUCUCAUCACUGAUUUACCCCCAGAAAGAAGAAUUUAAGUGUUUUUAAACCAUGUUGAACCCCAACAGCCAGAAGUGCCCUGUAAAGUUUGACUUCAGGUGAUCCAUUCUUAUCACCAUGUAAAUACUUUAAAGCAUCUUCACUCACAGUGGUGCUGCUGCUAACAUGCACUCUUUAAGUAUAAUAACCAUGAACACAUUACACAGCAGACUUUCCAUGAAGGUAAUCAAAGGGAUACUGUGGCAGUUUCUAAAAUACCCAUGGUGACCCUAUGGUCACAGGUCAUUACCAUAUAAUAACCUUCUUUACUGUUAUUUCUCAUGUGUUAUCUAGUAUAAGACUGUGAGCUGCUUACCUGAACAGUUGAUUAAAGGGACAGGAGGGUUUAGCAGGCUGGAUAAUUUCAGUGUGAAAAGUUUACAUAAAAAUUAAAGAUGGAAUCAUUUCCAUAACCCCAUGCACGAUUUAAACCAAUGACGUACUCUGCUUUUAGCAAACAUUUAAUGGUGUGAAAGUUCUAAAACAAGAUUUUUACUGCAUCACAGUUUACAAAAAGCAGGUUACAAAAGCAGCAACUAAACAACCAAAGGAGCUUUACAAAUAAAGACAAUAUGAGAAAGAUAAAAUUAGCUGGAUUUUAUGUUUAUUCUUACCUGAUACCUGCUCAAAUUUACUUCAUUUUUACUGUGCCUCUACCCAUAAAUGUAUGCAGUUGUAUAUAUUUUUUACCUGAUAAAUAACUGAAGGCUACCUUUCAGGUACGAUCCAUUGCACAGCUAAAAAGGUUUUCUUGUCAAGUGCAUUGAAGAGAAGCAGACCCCGUCACAGCUCAAAUAAACAUUAGGCUCUUCUAAUGACAUUAAAAAAUCUCCAGGAUUACACUUUGAGACAUCUGAUUUACCUGCAGUACAAAACCCAAGAUGAUUCCCUUAGUCACUCCAGCCAGUACUGAAAUAGCAAUGCAUCAGACAUUAAACAUGAGUGUUAGUGAUCAGUGGGUAGAUUUUUCCUUUUAAAGCAGCGCUGCUCCAGAUGGAUAGUUCACAUGAAUGAGAUAGAGUUGUCAUUGACCAGAGUGGGAGGAAGCACAGGCCCGUUUUCUUUGUGCAAUAGAUGUGUUGCUCAUUUAGAUAUCAGCGUACUGGCUGCUGUAUCCGUCAGCUCUUCUUAUUUCUGUAUAACCAGAUUUUUUUGUGCAAUAUUUUUGUAGGAAGUGAAGCUGAUAAUCAGAAGUGACCCCCAUGUCUUUGACCUCUUCUCUUUAAACUGUGCAGUCUGUGUGCCCUUCUGUCUGCUAAUGUACCCGCUGGGUUUUGGGGACCAAUGAGAAGCUGAGUGGAGUUAACCCCUCGUUUGGCCUGAGAAGCACUGCUUUUACUGCUGCUGCUGUUGUUAUUACGAUGUGCUCUUCCACAGUACUCAUGAUCACACGCUUCUGCCCCCCCUUCCCCCAGCUUUAACCUUUGAAACUGCACCUCCGAUAUCAGCGCCUGCCACAGCUUUCACCAGGCCAAGAUGGUGUUCUUUACUUUGUUGUGUUUGUGAGGGAUGUUGUACACAUUUUUUCAGAAGGCCCAUGUGAUGAAGCUUUAUUGUACAUAACCUAAAUAAACAAGCUCAAAUCAA